AUGGCAAACCAAGUGGAAUUUCCAGAAUUGGCACCUACAGCCAAGGAAAAGGAGAACCCAGAGGGAGAUAUUGUCGGCGAAACAAACCAGUCCUGCCUAACUUUACUAGAUUUGGCGAAUAUCGCAUCUAAAUCUGCGGAUUUAGAUACUCCCACAGAAAAGAGAGUGCCUGUUGUCACUAAAGAGAGAAGCACACCAAAUGGUCAAAAGAAGCCUGCAACUGAUACACCCAUAAAAUCUGAAGUUAGAACUCCUAAGUUACUGACUCCAAAAUUGAAGUCAUCUACAACUCCGCUCAGGAAAAAAGUACCGUUAUUUAGCAUACUGGAAGACAAGUCAUUGCUGGUACCUGCUUCACCGUAUCAGUACACUAAAGAUGAUGUGAUGGAGGACAGGAAAAGAGCUGAAGAAAGGGUCAAGAGAAUGAUGGAAGGGGUGGAGGAACCACAAAACAAACAAAAUG